AUGACCCUCUUCUUCAGCAGCCGCAGUAGUACCUUUACCACCACCAGCACCCGAGCUGACCUAUCUGUUGCACAGCGCGUUCAGCUACUCCCUCUUCCCGACUCUUCCACAUCUGAUGAGGAGGACCACGAGGCAGAGCAUGAGGAGGAGAAUGUUGGGGAUCCGAUUCAACAGGAGGCAUCACCACAGACGCAGGCUACUCAGGAUACUCAGCAGCCUCCCGAGGAGCCAGUGCCCCAGACUGAGCCCCAGCCAAAGCCAGAUGCAACUGUUGACCCUCACCAUGAGCCUGAUCCGUAG